GGGUUUACCAUAUAUUAAUAUAGUGUUGUGAUAACCGACUUUCAUGUUGUGAAACAUUUUUCGAGAUCUUCAGGAAAUUAGGCGAACAAUAUGUCGGAUGGAAUAAAUAGGCAUGCCGCCCGCCGUUCUUUGCCAACAAAUGGAACGUGCAGAAAGAAGGGAGAGCUCGUUGAUGCAAAAACACAGACAAAUCCCUUUUCACUUCAAGUCGAAAUGGAAAGGUUCGAAAAAGAAGUUGAACUGAUCAUCAGCAUGAAAGAGUUACGAUACGGCGACGCUUUGAGAACAGUUACUGACAUAAUGAAAACGACGCUUGAACAACCUCUACAGAACUUCAAGUUUCAAGUAUUGAAGGUUGAAUGUUUACUUCAUCUGCUUCAAUUCGAAGAAGCAAAAAUCGAAGGAAUGGAAAUGGUUGAUUUGUGUUCUAAAGUCUUGAAUAUAAACGAGGUUGAAGUCUCAAACAUAGCUCUACUCUGCCGAGAAAACAACGAUUUCGUCCGAGCGUUACUUUACUAUCAAUGCUCAUUACAUUGUUGGCUUCGCGACAUGAGAAACGAAAAGAUACGACGACGCACAAUUGACGUCAUUACAAGAGGCGAGAAAUACGCGCUGACGUCAUAUCACAUUGGCCUUAGUGCUGACACAAGAGGAAUCUUUUAUGAAUACGCGAUUCCGGCGUUUUGUACAGUGAUGGAAAAGUACGAAAUUGGUCCACCUAAAUUAGAAGUUCAUCGGGAUCUUUCCAUUAUGGGUUGCUAUUACCAUAUUGGCGAAAGUCUUAAAAAACUUGGUGACUUUCAAAAAUCUAUUGAAUUGACAAAGGAAGGCAUAAAUAUCGGCAUGAAAACAAUGAAAGAACAUAAAAAUUAUUUACUCCCCAAAUCGCACCACCUUGUGGCAGAAUGUUACCUUGAAUUAGGUGAUCACGACAACGCCAAACGAUGGCUGGACUCCGCUCUUAGGCUUUGCCCAUUCAUCGUUAAUUGGGAUUUCCAAUCGACUACCGAACGUAAAAAAGAAUUUGAGAAACAUGUAAACGAGAGACUGAAACAUCUUAAAACCAUGAAGCUAGACAAAGAGCGAGAAUAAAUCUGAAACGAUGAUUGUUGAAAACGCUAAUUUUGUUGUUUUGCUGUCUCUUUCGAAAAUCUUUUUUUUUUAAAUGACUACUCUACCAAUGCUGGACUAUGGACUGACAAAUCCCAUUACGUGCAAACAAUUCGGGCUCAACAAAGUGGAAAUACCUCGUGAAAACCUUAUCAAGCUAUAAAACAAGAAAUAACGGGUAGCUUUAUUCCAAGGUAAAAAGUAAAGUCAGUUUUGCGCCUGCCCAUCGUUUUAGUCCCCUCCAACUACUCUGUGGCCUUUCGGGGGCCAUGACCCUUGGUUGGAACCACCGUUGUGCACUGUCAGUCGAUGACAGCCAGCAAAUGAAUCGCAUGGAGUACCUUAGUCUUAGUGUAAACGUUUUACAAACUAAAUAACCUAGUACAUGCCUGAAUUUCGAAAGGAAAGCAAU